UCAUUUUUUAACGUGUUUUUUUAUUUUGCCAUUUACCUGAAUAUAAACUGUUUACAUCAUUGGGUUUUAGCUCUUCAUUUAAUUGUUGAAACAAAUGUUUGGUCUUUGCAAAGUGCAAAUUAACAGUGGUCAAUUUCACACUUCGCUAGCCUAGACAUAUACUUCAAAAGUAUGCAAAAUUGAGUGGCGGGACGAGUUUUGUUGUUUUUCGAAUCCCAGAAUGUAGCUUUUCAAUGUACAUGGACUACUUUUUCACGCGGAGGAUUAGUCGGGCUGUGUCAUUAUCAUAGUUUAUAAAUAGGUCAUUGAAGAAUAUUCAUGGUCGCGGAGUGAAAAGGCAGGUGUUUCACGGCAAUUAUCAAAUUAAAACAGAAACAUUUUACUAAGUUUUAGGCCAGAACUUUUUAAAUUAAAUAAUUUGAGCUGUUUCCACCUUGGCCAAUUCAAUAAGGAUGAACAGCAGUGGUCAGUCCUACCCAUUGGCCUCCCUCUACGUAGGGGACCUGCAUCCUGACGUCACAGAGGCCAUGCUCUACCAGAAGUUCUCUCCUGCUGGGCCCAUCACAUCCAUCCGUGUCUGCCGUGAUGUCAUCACUCGCAGGUCCCUAGGAUACGCAUACAUCAACUUCCAGCAACCCGCUGAUGCGGAAUGUGCUCUGGAUACAAUGAACUAUGAGGUCCUCAAGGGUAGGCCUAUCAGAAUAAUGUGGUCUCAGCGUGACCCAGGGCUACGGAAGUCAGGAGUUGGAAACAUUUUUAUCAAGAACAUGGACGAGUCCAUUGACAACAAGGCCCUGUAUGACACAUUCUCAGCCUUUGGGAAUAUUCUGUCUUGCAAGGUAGUGUGUGAUGAGAAUGGCUCCAAAGGCUACGGCUUUGUUCACUUUGAAACCCAAGAGGCAGCCAAUCGUGCCAUUGAUACCAUGAAUGGAAUGCUAUUGAAUGACCGGAAAGUGCUAGAGACAGGUAGUGACUCUGGCAUUGCAGACCCAAAGGCCCACUUCCUGGGGGGGAAAUGUCAGUUGUCCACGAUUAGUUUUGUUGGCCACUUUAAGUCCCAUAAGGAGCGACAGGCUGAGUUUGGGGCCAAAGCCAUGAAGUUCACCAAUGUGUACAUCAAGAACUUUGGCGACGACUAUAGUGAUGAGAAACUCCAGGAGGUCUUCUCUGCAUUUGGCAGGACCCUCAGUGUGCGGGUGAUGAUGGACGAAAGGGGCCGGUCUCGUGGAUUUGGCUUUGUAAACUAUGAAAACCAUGAGGAUGCACAAAGGGCAGUUGAGGAGAUGAAUGGGAAAGAACUCGUUCCUGGCCGAGUUCUGUAUGUGGGCCGUGCUCAGAAGAGGAUGGAGCGACAGGGGGAGCUGAAACGCAAGUUUGAGCUGAUCAAACAGGAACGUAUCCACCGCUAUCAGGGGGUCAAUUUGUACGUCAAGAACUUGGAUGAUGGGUUGGAUGACGAGAAACUAAGGAAGGAGUUUGCCCCUUAUGGCACCAUCACCAGUGCCAAGGUGAUGACGGACGGGGGCCACAGCAAGGGCUUUGGCUUCGUCUGUUUCUCAUCUCCCGAGGAGGCCACCAAAGCGGUAACUGAGAUGAACGGCCGCAUUGUGGCCACAAAGCCGCUGUACGUGGCUCUGGCCCAGCGCAAGGAGGAGCGGAAGGCCAUCCUCACCAACAAAUACAUGCAGAGGACCAUGCCUGGCCCAGUCAUCGACUCCUACCAGCAGGCAGGCUACUACAUGUCUGCUGUGCCUCAGCCCCCAAGUCGCACCUUCUACAACCCCAACCCUGCGAGCACCAUGAGGACAUCUCCUCGCUGGGCUGCACAGCCACCCAGACCACAGGCACCCUACUCGGGCCAGUUUGUCAGGUCUGCUGUUCCCCGACGCGCCUCCACCCCCAUCAGCACCGUCAGACAGGCCUCCACCCAGGCUCCACGCAUCAUCAACUACACACAGAGGAUGGCUAACAUUGGCACACAGACAGCAGGAGGUCGGGCAGGCAUGUCUGGUGGUAUGGUCCGAGGCACCCAGUAUAAAUACUCAUCAGGGGUGAGGAACUUACAGCAGGUCAUCACUAUGCCCGCACCAAUGGCAGUGCAGCAGGUUGUUACCCAGCAGAUUAUGGAGCCAGCGGUGCAUGUCAGAGGCCAGGAACCCCUCACUGCCUCCAUGCUGGCUGCAGCCCCUCUCAUGGAGCAGAAACAGCUGCUUGGUGAGCGAUUGUACCCUCUGAUCCAUGGCUUUCACCCCAACCUGGCUGGUAAAAUCACUGGGAUGCUGCUGGAGAUUGACAACUCUGAGCUGCUGCACAUGCUGGAGUCACCCGAGUCCCUGCAUUCUAAGGUGGAUGAGGCGGUAGCUGUGCUGCAAGCCCACCAGGCCAAGGAAACCUCUCCUAAGAAGUAGAGAACCCUUUCAGGACUCUGCGAAGAAAUCGCUGAAGGAGGAAAAAGUUAAAACGAACAAAAAAAUAGUAAAAUUUUGUAAAGGGGGG